AUGCCGUUUGCUUUAGUAGAAGUAUGGAUCCAUGAAAUCCUCUUUCAACGCGACGUUUAUCCUUCAGAUAUCUUUGAGCUGCGGAAAAAAUACGAUGCUCCCGUGCACAUGGCGACGCAUGAUGGUGUUAUCGAUUAUGUUGGGCGAUUUAUGCAGUCAGUACAUACGCUGAUUUGCAAGAAUAACUGCCGAAGCAUCUCAUUGAUUAUACGUUCAACUUCAAGGCCCCUUGAAAAGUUCACCUUUGAGGUCCAUUCAGUAUUAGACCACGCUUCAAAGCAAGACGAUAUACCCUUGGAUGAAUUAUUGGAGAGCGAAUCAUCGAUAGCGUUGGAUGAUCUUGAACAACAAUUACGAGCAUGUUUAUUACGGAUCAACGCAUGUCAAUCGUUUCUAUCAGCAAAUCCUCCUGAAUGCACCUUUUCGCUCGUUGUAGAGACCAACUUAAGCCCACCUAUAUUCGAUAAUCAGUCAUCAUCAUCCUCAUCAUCCACGUUUGUCCCUUCCGAUGUCUCAGAGCAGGUUCAUCACCACAAAUGGAACAACCUCAUCCCCAUCAAAACAAUAUCCAUGGAUGCUUUUCGUAUCAACACCUUUGUAUUGGAAGCAAUAAAGAAGGGCAAACAUGCCGUCAAGUGA